UUUUCCGGGGCAGGGAAACUGGCCACAGAGCCGGAAGCGGGGUAGCCCUCGGGCCUGAGGGGGCGGUGGCGUAGAAAACAGAGAACCUGGUGCCAUUGAAGCUGACCAGCUUCUCCGUUCAGGUGCCAGCCCGAGUUGAAGACCUCCAGGAUUCCGGUGGCCUAUGGAAGGGAUCGCAUCGCUCGGUAUCCGGCGCGGACCGAAAUAGCGCAGCCGCCGAGAGCCGCCGGAAGCUUCGCCCCUAGGAGGAGUCGAGAAGCCUCGCGGUGGAGGAAGGAACCCAAAGGGCCUGCCCCCGGGGCGGAGCCCGCAGUCAUGGCCACGCCCCCGGCAGCUGGUGUCGCGGCUCUGCGCUUCGCCGCCGCCGCCAGCUGGCGAGUCGUGCGGGGCCGCUACGUGGAGCAUUUUCCGCGAGUAUUAGAGUUUCUGCGAUCACUGCGCGCUGCUGCCCCUGGUUUAGUUCGCUACCGCCACCACGAACGCCUGUGUAUGGGCCUAAAGGCCAAGGUAGUGGUGGAGUUGAUCCUGCAGGAUCGGCCGUGGGCCCAGGUUCUGAAUGCCCUGCAUCACCAUUUCCCAGACUCUGGACCUGUAGUGCGGGACCCCAAAGCUACAAAGCAGGAUCUGAGGAAGAUCUUGGAGGCCCAGGAGACCUUCUGCCAACAGGUGAAACAACUAGCAGAGGCCCCAGUGGACUUGGCUUCCAGGCUGCAGGAACUUGAACGAGAGUAUGGGGAACCCUUUCUGGCUGCCAUGGAAAAGCUGUUUUUUGAAUACUUGUGUCAGCUAGAAAAGGCCCUGCCUGCGCUACAGAUAGAGCAGCUUCAGGAUGUGCUGAGCUGGAUGCAGCCUGGGGUUUCUAUCACUUCUUCUUUUGUCUUGAGCCAGUACGGUGUGGACAUGGGGUGGCCACUUCCAGCUUCGUUUUCUUUUUCAGAGUGCUCCGUUACCGACUCAGCGAGCACGACAGAGCCCGCGGAGCAGGACGCCCCUCAGCAGCCAGGCCUAGCACUUCACGAUCCUUUGCCAAAAGCCAGGCCUGGCCCCUGCCUUCCUCAGGAACCAGCCUCAAGGAAGCACCCAGAAUCUACAGCUGGCCACCACUUCAAUCUGGCCCCUCUAGGCCGGCGAAGAAUCCAGUCCCGAUGGGCAUCCACUAAGGGAGGCCAUAAGGAGCGCCCCACAGUCAUGCUGUUCCCCUUUAGGAACCUGGGGUCACCAACCCAAGUCAUAUCUGAGCCUGAGAAUAUGGAAGAACAUGGGACAGACAUGGCAGAUCCAGCAGGUGCUGUGGGCACGAGGGUAGCUUCCACUGGCAAGUUGAAGAGUCCAUCCCAGGUGCUGAGGGGAAGGGCUCCAAAGGAGAACCCAGCUGACAUGUUUGCUUUGGAGCAAGAAGAGAAUUGCUCGGUUUGCCCCAUGGACCCCUUGAGACUGUCAUUAUCCCCUCCUAAGGCCAGGAAGCCAUUGUGUCCUCCAUCUCUGUGCAGCUCUGUCAUUACCAUAGGGGACUUGGUUUUGGACUCUGAUGAAGAAGAAAAUGGCCAGAAGGAAGGAAGGGACCCUCCCUCCGUGCUCUCCCAACACCCUUACCAAAAGCCUUGGCCACAUCCCCAGGACAGCUGCAGCCUCCAUCCUGCAAAGUAAGGAGCAGUAUGAAGAGCGAACAUGGAUUUCCCAAGGACUCUGAGCACUGUCCCCGCGGCCCACCUCAAAGCUGACGGGAACCCCAGAGUCCUGAUCCACUGCUACCACAGCCUCCACACCCCGCAGAAAACACAGAUAUUGGGCAGCCUCAUACCCUGCCCUGCCCUUGGGCCUUACCGAGAUGAUGUGGCCUUUGAGGCCAUGGGCAGCAUCUGCACACUCCAUCACUGCACUGAGCUGUGGGUACCCCACUCCAGUUUUCUUCCGGGUGGUGCACACAGAGCCUGAGAAGAGCGUAAUGAGAACAGUGCUGUGCUCCACAGGCGUUUGCCACUGGAGAGGUAGCCCUUGGCCCCAAUGAAGCCGCUCACCUGGUCCAAUGCCCACUUUGAUGAUGUCAGCCCCAGACAGGAUCAGCUCCUCCACCAUCUCUCCUGUUACCACAUUCCCAGCCUGCGACAGAGCAUCAAAACACGGCACUCUUAGGGUCGGAAACGAGAGGAGGUUGCGUGCUCUCACAUACAGCACGCCUGGACUGCGACCUUCCACCGUUGUGACAAAGAAGGGUACCUAGGUUCCCGCUACCGGGACAGGACUACUUCCCAAGCUGAGGUAAGGGGGUGGGUGGCCAGUAUCACUGUUGCACUAGGGUAAAGCUGGGGUCCCACUGGACCAAGGCCAGAGCUGAUUUACAGAUUUAUCUCCCCAUCCUUGCCAAGAGAACCAACAUAUCCUGUCCUUAAGCUAUUGUGUCAUAACAUCUCUGGCUUCAGGGAAAGGGGGAGACAUGGUAACAUAACCCAUCUGCACAGCUGUAUUUACUUCCAGUGCACGAUACAGAGAGACCCCUUGAUGCUGUGGAGAAAAUGAGGCCUUAUCAUCACUCCCCUACGCUUGUAAAAAAAAUAAAACUCUUUCAUGUGACCCCUUUAA